GGUGGCUGAGGCCUCUAAAAUCGGCUUAGCGCAAAUGUUAGUGCCACGUGGGGUUGACAGCCGGUGGGUUCAUCACUUUGCUUUGAGUGUCAUACUCGCAUGACAGAGUCCUUGAACAUGCUUCCUCCUGAAAAUAAAGCGUCGCCACCUAAAUUCCAGUUUGUUGGAGGAGCUGUGCUUAAAGGACGCACGGAUGGAAUCAGAUCAUCCAUGAUUCGUCGCGCGGUGAUCGAAAGCCGGGCCAAAAGACGUCGCGACGCCGAACACGAAAUAAAGUCAAUUCUCAGACAAAGCAAGAGCUCCGUCUGCGCCUGUCAUGUUUAUAUCCCUGUAGUGCGAGUCAUAAAUGCUUCCCGUACGCCUGUGUCGGGAGACGCGACUUCUUCCUCCGGACCAAUCCCACACCCGACAGUUGCAGCCACCACCACGGUCAUGCCCUCAGCACAAUGUCAGAGCUGCGGGGGAAGGAUUUCAUCCCGCACCAUCAGGCCACCCCCUUGGGGCCUGCAAACAUUUCAAGCCGGUAACCUCGACCCACUCGUCCUCUUCGACACCAAUCUCGUCGGCAUAGACGUGCAGCGGAUCCUCAAUGUCGCUGGCGCCCACAUCUGGCCGAGCAUGCGGCCGCUCGACUACUCGUCCAAUUGCUACCGCAGCUGGGUGUUUCCCUUUGAAGAUAAGCUCAAGGUGUACAUUGUGCUCUGGUCGACGUGCUACUACCGCGAUAUGCUGCGCAUCACGCACGGGCCGCCGGGUCAGGAGAUCGACUCGAAACAACAGCUGUAUCUGCGCGCGCUGGUGAUUCGACGGCUGCGCGAAGAGGUCGAUAAUAUCGAGUCAGUAGCUACUCCUGACGGUCUGGUCAUGACGAUUCUUUUCCUUGCGGUGAACGUCGCACACAGAACCGGCCUCGGUCGGGACGCAAGCCCAUUCUCUCCCCCCUUCACAGGCCUCCAUACUCUGGACAUCUACGGCAGCCGCAAAUACCACCCAAUUCACUGGGAUAUCAUGCACAACAUCAUCCGGCGCUUCGGCGGCGUUUCGAGCCUAAAGGUCUUCGCGAUUGCCUGGCACGUCUCGAUUGCAGACCUCAUGCACGCCGCCAACACCCUGCAAAAGCCCAUUUACCCGGCACUAGGCGUGCACGGGCAAGUGCUCGACCUCGUGCCGCCGCUCGCCCUGUUUCACAUCCCAGGUCUAGACUUGCCGACAGCCAGGAUCCCGGGACUCGGCUUCCAGGUUCUGGCGUGCUUAUCGCCGCCCAUACGCCAGGACGUUAUCCAUGUAUUCGCGGAGGUCGGACAGUACUCCUGCGUGAUUCAGCAUUACGGGACGCAUCCUUGUGGCGCCGCCGUUCUAGAUUUGCUCGGCGAUAGCAGGAACCUCGUGCAUCAUCGCCUGUUUUCCUUGCCGAGCGAGAAGGAUGAUCUCAACCAGGUUCUUGGCUCCUGUGGAGAUGUUCUGGAGCAGACGUGGCACACGUGGCAGGUGUAUCUCCUCGUCCGCCUAAGCGCCAUUCUUUACGCCAUUCACGUCUCCUUCCCCAUACCCCGAAGCACGCAGCUGCGAGAACGCGUCGUCGCAGCACUAUCGCCCAUGUUCCCGGCGUUUAUCGAACGACCUGCGAUAUAUCCACUACUCCUUUGGUCCCUAGUGAUCGUGGUCAUUGCGUCAGGUGAUAGCGCGCCUAGGCAACUACUAGAUCAUGUAGCGGAGCUGUGCGGAAGGCUGAAAUAGAUUCCAAGCAUAAGCUCCUGGCGUUACUUUCUUCUUUUGCAUGGGUCGACUGCGCGGUUCCAGAUACGGCACCGUUUUGGACGCUGGUUGGGAAUGUCUUUUCCCAGGCGGGGGAUGGAAAGCUUGCGUUGAGAAAUGUACAUAAUAGACAUUAAUAUCUCAAACAUUUGCCUAAUCUCUUGAUUUACCUCACGUCGCGCGAGUGACUUGAAUAUAUGCCGAAGUUGAAUAGUGGAUGGCAUCUGUUGACAUCUGGAGUUUCGUCGACACAGAUGGAAUCCGAU